AUGGGAGAGGGAAGGGCUUUGCUGCUGCUAGUGCUGGUGGUGUGCUAUGCACUGGUGGCCACAGUGGGUGGGUAUGAAGAUGAAGGAAGAAGACGGAGGAGAGAGAGAGAAGAGGGACAGGGAGAAGGAGAGAAGACAGAGGGAGAAGAUUUCUUCUUAUUGCAGAACUCAAAGCGUGUGGUGAAGACUGAUGCUGGGGACAUGAGGGUAGUAAGGGGUUGGGGUGGUAGAAUUAUGGAGAGACGUAUGCAAAUUGGCUUCAUCACUAUGGAACCAAGGAGUCUCUUCAUCCCCCAGUACCUUGAUUGCAGUUUGAUCCUAUUCAUUCGCAGAGGGGAGGCGAGAGUUGGGCAUAUCUACAAAGAUGAAAUGGUGGAGAGACGAUUGAAGACCGGAGAUGUUUACAGGAUUUCAGCUGGCUCGGCAUUCUACUUGGAAAAUACAGCCGAAGGCCAGAAACUCCAUUGCAUUUGCAGCCUUGAUACAUCUGAGAGUUUAGGAUGGAAUAGCUUCCAGUCUUUCUUCGUUGGUGGUGGAAGCAACCCAACAUCUAUUCUUGCUGGAUUCGAUCCCCAGACAUUAUCAGCUGCAUUUAAUGUUUCAGAAUCGGAAAUAAGGGAGAUUUUGACUAGGCAACAAGCAGGCGCAAUCGUAUACUUGCACGAUUCUCAGCGGCCAACUGUGUGGACACAAUUUGUGAAACAACAUCAUCAUGAAAGAAAAGCACACCUCAAGAGAAUUGUGCUCUUUGAGGAGGAAGCUAGCCAAGGAAAAGAACAAGAACUACCCACAUGGUCAUUGAGGAAGCUUUUGAUUUCUGUACUGGGAAUGGAAAACAAGAUAGGAGAAGAUGGGAGCAAGAAAGGACCCGACUCGUACAACAUUUACCAUAGGCGGCCCGACUACAAGAACAACUAUGGAUGUAGCAUGGCCAUUGAUGAGUCCGAUUAUUCUCCUCUCCGUCACUCCGGCAUGGGCAUUUAUCUUGUCAAUCUUACUGCGGGAUCAAUGAUGGCGCCACACGUCAAUCCAACCGCCACAGAAUAUGGAAUCGUCUUGAGAGGAACCGGUCGUAUCCAAAUCGUGUAUCCAAACGGAACCCUAGCGAUGAAUGCCAAAGUGAGAGAAGGUGAUGUGUUCUGGGUGCCAAGGUACUUCCCAUUCUGCCAGAUCGCAUCGCGCGGUGGCCCGUUCGAGUUCUUUGGUUUCACCACCUCAGCUCGCCGGAACCGGCCACAGUUCCUAGCCGGAGCUAAUUCACUUCUUCAGACCAUGAAGGGAUCUGAGACUGCAGAAGCGUUCGGGAUCAGUGAGGAGAGGCUGAAGAAGAUCAUUGAUGCUCAACGGGAGGCUGUGAUCUUGCCGUCGCCAACGGUGGCACCACCGGCCACUGCGGUGGAGCUGGAGGAGGAGGAGAUGGGGAGGGUUAAUCUGAUACCAAGGAUGAUCAAUAACUUUGGAAAUGGUAUGAUCAUGGGGUUUGAUUAG